CCCCUGAAGGCGGCGGCCGCACCAGACCGCCGUACAUUGUUAACGUUGAUUUUCUGUUGUUCAGUCCGUCGGUUUGUGUCCGUGAGCCCGGAGCCCGGGUCCCCGUCUCCCGCCGCGACACCCGCCCGAGCCCCUGGGACCGCACCGGACCGCACCGGACCGCGGGACCCCGACACCGGACCACCGUGUUUGACGUGAAGUGGCGCCUGGAAGGAGAGGAGGCACCGGGAGGAAGAGGAGAGAGCAGGCACCGGGAGGAAGAGGAGAGAGCAGGCACCGGGAGGAAGAGGAGAGAGCAGGCACCGGGAGGAAGAGGAGAGCAGGCACCGGGAGGAAGAGGAGAGCAGGCACCGGGAGGAAGAGGAGAGCAGGCACCGGGAGGAAGAGGAGAGAGCAGGCACCGGGAGGAAGAGGAGAGCAGGCACCGGGAGGAAGAGGAGAGCAGGCACCGGGAGUCGUGACGUCGCCCCGGAGUCACAUUCGAGGACCUUUCCGCUUGGUCUCCACACCCCCUCCACACCCCUCCACACCCUGGCCAUGAUGAGGGGCACUGUCGGCUGUAGCCCUGCCCGGACCGGGGGCUCCCGGUAGGGAUGGUGCCGCUGUGAAGAGCCGGUGCGCCGUGUGGCUCUCCGCGGAGGGAAGCGCCUGGACACCAUGACUGUUUUCAACCAGGAAAAUGUUGAGGAAUUUUACGAGAUCGGAGACGAGCUGGGCAGUGGUCAGUUUGCUGUGGUCAGAAGAUGUCGGCACAGGAACACGGGCGUGGAGUACGCCGGCAAAUUCAUCAAGAAGCGGCGCAGCAAAUCAAGUCGACGGGGGGUGACGAGGGAGGACAUCGAGCGCGAGGUGAACAUCCUGAAGGAGAUCCAGCACCCGAACAUCAUCACGCUGCACGAGGUCUUCGAGAACAAGGCGGAGGUCAUCCUCAUCCUGGAGCUCGUGGCGGGCGGUGAGCUGUUUGACUUUCUCGCAGAGAAGGAGUCACUGAGCGAGGAAGAGGCCACUCAGUUCCUCAAGCAGAUCCUGGAAGGAGUCCUCUAUCUGCACUCCAAGCAAAUCGCCCACUUUGACCUUAAGCCGGAGAACAUCAUGCUGCUGAACCGCUCUGUGCCUCACCCGCGCAUCAAGGUCAUCGACUUCGGUCUGGCCCACAAGAUCGACCUUGGCAAUGAUUUUAAAAACAUCUUUGGAACUCCAGAAUUCGUAGCACCAGAGGUAGUCAACUAUGAACCUCUGGGCCUGGAGGCCGACAUGUGGAGCGUUGGCGUGAUAACCUACAUCCUUUUGAGCGGUGCGUCUCCGUUCCUGGGCGACAACAAGCAGGAGACGCUGGCCAACGUGUCGGCCGUCGACUACACCUUCGAGGAGGAGUUCUUCAGCAACACCAGCGCCCUGGCCAAAGACUUCAUAGCCAAGCUCCUCGUCAAAGAUCCCAAAAGGAGAAUGACGAUUCAGGACAGUUUCCUGCACCCCUGGAUCAAGCCAAAAGAUACUCUGCAAGCGCUGAGCAGGAAGGAGUCGGCUGUCAACAUGGAAAAGUUCAAGAAGUUUGCAGCUCGAAGAAAAUGGAAACAAUCCGUCCGACUCAUCUCCUUGUGCAACCGUCUGUCCCGCUCCUUCCUGUCCAGGAGCAACAUAAGUGUGGCGCGCAGUGAAGACACGCUGGAUGAGGAGGACUCCUUCGUGAUGAAGGCCAUCAUCCAUGCCAUAAACGACGACAAUGUGCCUGGUCUGCAGCAUCUGCUCGGCUCUCUGAACAGUUAUGACGUCAACCAGCCCAACAAGCACGGGACCCCUCCCCUCCUGAUUGCCGCUGGCUGUGGCAACAUUCAGAUCAUCGAGGUGCUGAUGAGAAAAGGUGCAGAGAUCCAGGCCCACGACAAGAGCGGCGCCAACGCCAUCUACUACGCAGCGAGACACGGCCACGUCGAGACCUUGAGAUUCCUUCAUGAAAAGAAAUGCCCUCUGGAUGUCCAAGAUAAGUCUGGAGAGACGGCUCUUCAUGUGGCGGCUCGCUAUGGCAACGUGGACGUGGUGAACUACCUGUGCAGCAUCCGGGCCAACCCGGACCUGUCUGACAGGGAGCAGGAGACCCCGCUGCAUUGCGCUGCCUGGCACGGGUACUCGACAGUAGCCCGGGCCCUCUGCCAGACGGGCUGCCACGUGGAUGCAAAGAACCGCGAGGGCGAGAGUCCGCUGCUGACGGCGUCUGCUCGGGGCUUCGCGGACAUCGUGGAGUGCCUGGUGGAGCACGGGGCCGAUCUACAAGCAACUGACAAGGACGGCCACACCGCCCUCCACCUGGCCGUACGGAGGUGUCAGGUUGAGGUGGUCCGCUGCCUCCUCAGGCACCACUGCCCCCUGGACCAGCAGGAUCGCCAUGGCAACACGCCGCUGCACAUCGCCUGCAAGGACGGAAACCUGCCCAUCGUCAUGCCGAUCUGCAGCGCCAAGGCGAGCCUCGACCUCGCCAACAAGUAUGGCCGGACGCCGCUCCACCUGGCGGCUAACAACGGCGGCCUCGAGGUCGUCCGUCAUCUCUGCCUGUCCGGAGCCAACAUCGACGCCGUCACAAACGAUGGAAAGACGGCGGAGGAGUUGGCUUCUACCGAUCAACAUGAACACAUCAUUUCUUUGUUGGGGAAGCUGAAAAAGGACAACCACAAGCUGAGCUACAUCCAGCAGCUGCGGCCCACGCAGACCCUCCAGCCCAGGAUCAAGCUGAAGCUGUUCGGCCACUCCGGAGCCGGGAAGAGCUCGCUGCUGGAGUCUCUGAAAUGUGGCAUCCUGCGCAGCUUCUUCAGGAGGAGGAGGACGACACGCAUGACCAACACGACCCGUCACCCCAACUCCCCCGUCAACUCCAAACCUUCCGUGUCGGUGAGUAUUUCCAACUUGUACCCGGGCUGUGAGAAUGUGAGCGUGCGGAGUCGCAGCAUGAUGUUUGAGCCCAGUCUCACCAAAGGCGUCCUGGAGGUCUUCUCCCCCGUCCACAGCGCCCUGUCCACCGCCGACGACCAGGCCACGAAGGCCAUCGACAUCCAGCACGCCAACAUCCACGGUGUGGGGGAUUUCAGCGUGUGGGAGUUUUCGGGGAACCCCGUCUAUUACUGCUCCUACGACUACUUUGCCGCCAACGACGUCACGGCGAUCCACUUGGUCCUGUUCAGCCUGGAGGAGCCGUACGAGACUCAGCUGAGCCACAUCACAUACUGGCUGAACCUGCUGAAGGCUCUCACGCUGCCCCAGGACAACAUCGCUUUCGGGGGUCGGAUCCCGCAGCCUCUCAUGGUCGUGCUGGUGGCCACGCACGCCGACCUCGCUGACGUCCCCAGAGCGUUUUCUGGAGACUUCAGCUACGACAAGGAGAGAGCUCUGCUCAAGGAAGUCCGGAACAGAUUUGGGAACGACAUGGAGUUCAGUGACAAGUUGUUUGUGAUGGAUGCUGGAGCCUCAAACUCCAAAGAGAUAAAGCUGCUGAGGAGCCACUUACAGGAGCUUCGCACCAACAUCAUAUCGACGUGCAGUCCCAUGACGCUGCUGUCGGAGCGUCUGCUGACCACGCUGCCGUCCUGGAGGAAGCUGAGUGGCCCCAACCAGCUGACGUCGUGGCAGCAGUUUGUCAGCGACGUCCAGGAGCACAUCAACCCUCUGGUCAGCCAGGAUCACCUCCGCACACUGGCCCUGCAGCUUCACAGCAUGGGAGAGAUCAACAUCAUGCAGAGUGAGACGGUGCAGGACGUCGUUCUGCUGGAGCCUCGCUGGCUCUGCAGCAAUGUCCUCGGCAAGCUGCUCUCCGUGGAGACGCCCAAGGCCAUCCACCACUACAGGGGGCGCUACAGGCUGGAGGAGGUGCAGGCUCUGGCCCCUGAAAGUGACGUGGACGAGCUGCUGCAGAUUCUGGACGCCAUGGAUGUCUGCGCCCGUGACGCCACCAACCCCUCCAUGGUGGAUGUUCCUGCCCUCAUCAAGACAAACGGCCUCAACCGCUCCUGGACCGAAGAGGAGGAAGAAGAGUCUCUGCUCUACGGCGGCGUGCGGCUCGUCCCUGCUGAGCACCUCACGCCCUUCCCCUGUGGCCUGUUUCACAAACUGCAGGUCAACCUGUGUCGCUGGAGCCACCAGCAGAAGCCAGAGGAGGAGGGCAUAGAGGACAUCGCCGGAGACAUUCAUCUCUGGACCAACGGGGCCAAGGUGAGUCAGGGGACAGUGGAGGCCAUGAUUCUGCUGGUCAACCACGGGCAGGGGCUGGAGAUCCAGGUGCGUGGACACGAUUCCGAGCGGGCCAAGUGCUACACCCUGUUGGACACCAUCUGCAGCAUCACAGAGAACCUACUGGCCUCCACGCUGCCGGGACUGCUCACCGCCAAAUACUACCUGAGUCCUCAGCAGCUGCGGGAACACCACGCCCCCAUCAUGGUCUACCAACCCAAAGAUUUCUUCCGGGCACAAGUCCAGCGGGAAAAUUCUCUCACCAACACGAUGGGAGGCUACCGGGAGAGCUUCAGCAGCAUUCUGGUGUUCGGUUGUGCUGAGGUUUACCAGCAGGGGAUUCUGGGAACAGACAUCCACAUAUCAGACGUCCCCCUGCUGGCUCGCAGGAAGCUCUGCCGCAUGCUGGACCCUCCGGACGCGCUGGGGAAAGACUGGUGCCUGCUCGCCAUGAACCUGGGCCUCACAGACCUGGUGGCCAAACACAGCAACGGGACUCCAAAUGGCACCCCCGAGCUGGACCCCGACUCCCAGCAGGCCGUGCUGCAGCCCAGCCCGACGGCGGCGCUGCUGCAGGAGUGGAGCGGGCGAGCGGACAGCACGGUCGGCGUGCUGAUGGCCAAGCUGAGGGAGCUUGGCCGUCGAGACGCCGCCGACUUCCUGCUCAAAGCUUCUCCCGUCUUCAGGGUCAACAUGGAGGCGGUGGGUGGAGCCGUCAACGGCUACCCCCCCACCUGCAACGGAGGCAUGUCGUACAACUCCAUCAGCUCCGUCGUGUCCCGCUGAACUGAUCAGGGUCGACUCUCUGUCCUCGCCAGACGAGACGGUUUGUCCCAUGAGACUUUUCUCCCUGAACAGACUCCUGUGGGUGUGUGUGUGUGUGUGUGAAAAUAAACAAGUGCAAUCGUUACCCGAGUCGAGCAGCUCGCUCUUCAAUCACUCCCAUUACGUCGGAGCCAGAUGUUGUGUUUGUGCUCUCCACAUCUGUACAGCCGAACUCUCCUUCCACUUUGAAUGUUGUGAAAACUGAACGUCCUGAGCUCCAAAGAGGAAUCUGUGCUUUUAUUCUGUUCUUAUUCUUGUCGUGCUGCUUUUUAAAAUCCCUCCUCCUCUCUCUCCUCUACAGUCGGAAAGUUCAAAUCUCACAACAUCCCCAUAACAGACAGGAAAAGAUGGCGGUCUCAUGUUCGGACCUUUCUCUCACGUUCAGGACUUUAUGAAAUCAGUGUAGACUCGGAGGCUGUCGUCUGUCCUCCCCCGAGCCUUCACCUCACUCCUGUUCCACCGCUGUAACGCUCGGCCGCUCGGCUCAGAGUUUAAUACAUGAACAGCAUUUCAGCGAGUGCCUUUGUGGCCUUCUACCUCCCUAAAGAGCACAAAGUCGUCCCAACAGUGGUUCUGUCCAAACAUUCGAACAACUGUGCCUUGUUGACACUGAUCGAAACUCGACUUCGAGAGAAAAAAAGGAAAAAAGCUUGUCUCGUUUUACAAAGUUCUGAAAUUUGAAUUUCACAAACGCGACUGAAAUCGGAUCCUCGUUUCUGCCGAGUUCUGUUUGAUGACUUUAAUGUCGAGUCGUCGGGAGAUGUUUGAUCUCAGAUUGAAUUCAGUGUGGAGUUGAUGUGACGCUGUGAGUCAAAGGGAAACUGGUGUGUUGUUGGGUUUUUACAGCCCUGCGUAUUUCUCUAAGUAUUAUCCAUCCAACAACAAAAUACUAUGUUCUGGAUUCAUUUGAUGACGUUUAAUCUCAUAGGUUUGUUGAAAGAUUCCUGGAAAGAAAAUUACAGGAACAGAAAGUGUCUAUAACUGUUUGAUUUAGUCUGAGCGGUUUAUUGUUGAAUUUCCAUGAAAGUAAUUUGCUCCAGUGAAACGAACUUUUGUGAAACCAAAGCUCUGCACUGAGGAAUAGAAGAAAGUUGUGUUCCAGUUCCUCUUCAUCACUUAAGAGACGGUUUAAUUCCUGGUCUUGGUCACAACUUUGAAAACUUUUGAAAGAAAAAAACAAUUAUCUGCGUCUCAGUCAAGAGGUUUCAAUUUCCAGAGAUUCAAUUUGAGCUCGAACACUUUAAAACUCUGUGUAGUGAUUGAACACGUCCACGUUUUCCAGGAAUCUUUAUCAUAAUUAAACAGCUGCGUAUGUAAGAAACUAUGGGACCUGUAAAUGAAAGUGUUUCUCUGCUGUUCAGCCUCACACAAAGGGAACUGGAGCCAUGUUUUUCCUCAACUACUCGAGUCACGCGUGCUUACUGAGCGUUAAUGUGUCCGACAGCAGGAAGCGCAGCACUGAUGCUGUUCAGCUUCAGGCUCCAACUCAAAACUGAAGUAAACAACCCGAAGAGGUGAAAUUUUGUAAUUUGGUCGAUUUCUAAACUUUUGUACCGAGCAAACAGCAACAAGUUUUCUACACGUGUGACGGACGUCAACAGUCUCAGAGUCGGAGUCAGUUUCACCGACGCCGCUUGUGUCCGAGCGUCGGUGUCACUUUCACUCGGCUUCACGUUUUCUUUCACUUCUAAUGACACAAAGCUGCAGCUCAGCGAAAUCAUUGAAUAUAAACAAAGCUGAAUUAAAAAGGCCGAAGGCUGCAGAUGAUAGAAAAACAUGUUCACCUUGUGGAAGCUGGUGUUUUAUAAUGUUUGUUUGAACGAACCUGGACCAGGAAAAAUGCUCUUUUGUGUUUUAAUGUCGGGGGAAAAGACCGUUUCAUUCUCAUAACGUUGGUGUAAAGAACCUUUUUCUAGACGCUGUGUCACAGUCUGGUAGAAAACCAGCGGCUCUGUGCAGUAUUUCCUGUUUGUCUGUCUUUUCUUCCUCCAUCUGCUCAGAGAUGAGACUUUACAGACGAUUUCCAAUCCGCUCUCACUCUCUGUCUCAGCUUGAACUUGCCAAUCGACACAGCGAACCUCGAGCUGUGGUGUAAAUACUCGAGUGUCCUUCACUUCAUCCUCUCGUUUGUUAGUUCAGCUCCUUCAGCUUCGCCCCAAUACGUCAAUUACAACGAGGCUAAAUGAAUGUACGACACAUUUUUCCUAAAAAAACCGAUAGAACUCCUGCUUGUGUAUAAAAAACAUGACGAAGUGAAAUGUCCCAAACUGCUCGUGAACAUUGUUUUAUUUUUUCUUGUUUUACUGAAGUUGCCAACGUGGUGUGCCUGGAAAAACGCACUUCUUCAUUCCUCUGUUGUUGCCUUGUAAACACGAAGAGGUGAUGUCUGAGAAAGGGAAGUGAACAUGAAGUUUCUCCUUCCAGAAAAAAAAAGAGACACUCUGUGCUAAGAGCUGAGAAUCACCUCCAUAUUGUCACGUUUGUUUUUUUUCCACAUGGUUCCGGCUGCGAGUGCAACUGGAACAAAGGUUUUCUGAAAAAACACGGUUCUGCGAGUUUCUGUUGAACGAGGAAACUGGACUGGACGCUCGGUCUGAUCGCCACAUUGCACAAGUCUUAUUGUCGCUAUUUAUGUUACGUUCUUUAAGCAUGUCUUGGAAUGCCAUGUUCUUAGUACUUCUGACACUUUAUAGUGUGAUACAUUUUAUAAUAAAUUCUUUACCUAA